CCAAAUUGUACCGCAGCUGAGCGAGCCAUGGCAAGACUUGCAACACACCCCAGCCUGAAGCCCAGAUUUGUUGAACUGAAAGCUGCUGUAAAAGCUUUUAAGGAUGCAAGAAAGAGCCCAGACAAAGCCACUCCUUUGAAAAAGGCUACAUCAGAAGAACAGCCUAAAUCAGCACAUUGCAAUAGCAGUUUGGAUGACCAAGUACUUAAACUAUCUCAAAAACAGCAUGGAUGUGAACACAAAACAAAACUGAGUAUGAAAACAGAAGCUGACAGGGUGGCUGAAGAACUUUGUGAGAGUGAAUCUGAGCAGAAAACUGUGGAAAUGGAGAGAGAAUAUGCUCCAGAAGAACAUUCAUUUAAAGCAAUAGAAAUGCAAGCAGUAACUCAGAACAAAACGGGAAAGAAACUUGGCUAUCAGAAAAGGAAAGAAAAUAUGGGUAUGAACAAAUUAAAUGCAACAAAAGAAAGAAUUUAUAAUAGUGAUGAGGAGCAUCCUAGUGAAAAGGAAUACUUUGAUGAUAGUACUGAAGAGAGGUUUUAUAAUGAGUCGUCAGAUUCUGACAGUGACAGCAAUGAUGAUUUCUUCAUUGGCAAAGUAAAAAGAAAGAAAAAGAUAGCAGCAGAUACUAGUCUUUCUUCAAUAAAAGAAAAGGAUAGACUUGAGAAACAUAUAGUGAAGAAAGAAAAGAGUACAGUGCCUGGGCCAGUGCAAGAUUUGUUCAUGGAAGAAAGAAAAACACCUGCAAAAGCAAGCAAGCUAGAGUCAGUGUUCUGCAGUUCUUUGUCGGUCUCUAAUCUGAAAUCUCAAAACAGAAGAAGAAAUAAUGAAGACCAGCCUCUCAAAAAUGGGAGAACAGGUUUUCUUAAAAAGGAACCACAGUUCAAGAAGCAACCAUUUGCAAAAGUUUCAGGUAUUAAACAUGACAAUAAGAAAGCAUGUUUGGAGCAGCGUCUUCAUCCUUCAUGGGAAGCAAGCAGGAAACAGAGAGAACAAAUGUCCCAAAUUGCAGCAUUCCAAGGGAAAAAGAUUAAAUUUGAUGACUAG